GGGCGGGAAAACUGAGAACAAUCUCAGAACAUGAAGUGAAUCUGAAUCAAGUCAUCAUCAUCAUCAUCAAACCAUGUCUGGCAGUGGUCGUUUUAAACUAAGUCCUAGUGAGCAGAAAGCUUUGCUACAGAAAGAAAUGAGAGAGAGAAGAAAAAUAAGAUUACUUCAAGUUAGAGAGCAAGAGAAAGAGUUUGCCCGUCAAAUGAGAAACAAUGUACGUUUGAAGAAAGAAGAGGAAAGAAAGAUAUUGGAGCAACACAUUAAAGAUAAUUUAGUGAGAGAGCACGAAGAAAAAUUACGUCAAUUAGAAGAAACUUUAACUGCCCGAAGACAACAAGUAGGACAGGCUCAACGUGAUGCUCAGAAUAUUGAACAGGAAGAACGUAGACUCCAAGAGCUUCGUUUGCUUCUCUCUUCUCAACAAAGAGCUCUUGCUAAGAAAAGACAAGCGUUAGCAAUGCAAGAGUUAAUAGAUAGCCAGUUGAUGAAAAGGGCAGAAAAAGACAAUUCAGUUUUAACUCGUAAUCAAGCCCUUGCUACAGAAAAGGAGAGAGCGAAACUGAUGAGUACGAGAAAACUCAAAACGCCAUCGCUGCUCAUAAUGGAUCUCGAGGCUAACCCUUCUUCUAAUUUUAGUACAAGGAGGGUUCAAGGCGUAGAAGGAUUUGCAUCAACCUACUUUCACCUUCCUGAUAAUCUGGUCCAUCGGGAAGCCACGGCUACUCCAUAUGAAAUUAAUGCUAUUCAAGCAGCAGAACAAGCACUAAUGGAGGAAGAAGAACAUCAGAGACAACAGACAGUUAUGAGAGAUGAGCAGCAAGUGAAAGCUCAACUGAGACACAAACAUGCACUUGCUCAAGUUAAACUGGAGAAAGACAAGACAGCAUUGCUGAAGGAUCUUAGCUUAUUAGCUAGGGAAGACAGGACUCACAGGCAAGAGAUAUUACAACACCUUCCGACGAACCUGUUUCAGCCAGUCCAGCAACGAAUUGAAGAGCGAGAAAUGCGACAAUAUGAACUGGAGCAUGAGUUUGAGAAACUUCUAACAAAGACAAGACAAACUUCAAUGAUGAAGAGUGUAGAAAUAGAAAGAAAAGGAGGAGGAAGAACAGCAGGAGGAGCAACAGAGAUUACAUUGCCAGGAAGAGACUCUUGUUCACCUUCUCCAGUGAAGUCUGAUAACAUGAGCACCACUCACUGUACUCCUCCUCCUCCUCCUCCUCCUAUUGCUACUAAGAAGGAUCCAUUGGAUCUGACCAUACAAUCACUAACUCCUUCAACCUUCCAAUCAAUGAGCAUCACUGAGCCAAGAGAGAAAGAGGGUAAUAGUAAAGGUAGAGAUCCUAACAAUGAAGAUGAAGAAGAAGAAGGUCCUUCUUUAACCAUUUCAACUAUACGUCCACCCAAGGAUACUACCACUACUAGCUCAACUUCACAAUCUACUAAUAUAUCAAAACUGGUUGGUUUGAUCAGGACCCAGCAGGAUGCCUGGUACAAGAGGAGCCUUGAUGAGUCUUCUCCUAGUAAUGAUGUAUCUUCAGUAAGUGAAGCAAGAGGAGAGGAGAAGACUAGCCAAUCUCUCUCUAUUUCGGCACUAUCUAGCAGUCAUCAAGGUCCACUUGAUAGUAGUGCUCAUAAUACAACAGCUACUUCACCUGCUACUAGCAGGGACAUUGAUAAGGCGACUUCUACUUCUUCUUCCUCUCCUUCUCCUUCCUCCUCUCCUCCUGAACUCACCAUUGAAACUAUUGAAGAAACAGAAGAAGAAGAGGAUAACAGUAUUAAUGAGGCUCCUUUACAACAACCAGCAGCAUAUUAUCCCAUUUAUUAUUAUCCCACUGCUGCCUACCAGCAGCAGCAUAGCUCCCAGCCAACACCAGCAAUGAUGUACACUCCUUUAGCUACAUACCCUCCACCAGUAGUAUAUACUCAAUAUCCUACUAAUCAAACACUUACUUCUUCUAUCACAAUUCCACCUCCUUCUUUAUUACAAGCAGAUAUCAGAGAAACUGAUGAUAGAACCAUAUCUCCUGAUAUAAAGCGAUCAAGUACAGAACCUUUUGAACCACCAUUAUUAUAUUCAGAGAUGCAGUCUCACUCAGUAGUUCAUUCCACUGUACCAGAAAAUAUCACCACUGUACCAGUAGCUACACACUCAACUUCACCCACUACUCAACAUAAUCUAUCACUAAUGAUAGGAGGAUCUGGAACUGUUCCUGGCUCAAAUGUAACACACUCACCACAUGUUCGUACUUCACCUGAUUUAUCAUUAACACUGUCACCUCACACUCCUCCAGUGAUAGCUUCUGCUAAUAGUUCUACACCAGUAGCAUCUGAGGGUGACAGACAAGAACGCAACGAGUUUAUUCAGUCUUUACUUGUCAGUCUUCAAGACUCAAGGGCUGAUAGUCCAGAGGAAUCUCCCUUGCCUGUUCAAGAUAGAGCUGGUUCUUCUGUUAAUACUACUCCAUUAUUGAGGUCCACUUCAGUUCAAACUAAUGUACUCAUUCACUCUCCUCCUUCUCCAUCUCUGUCUUCUUCUUUAUCACUCCAAGAGGCAUUUAAGAGCAGAAAACAGUCCUUCAUUAAGCAGUCACAGACCAGAGUCAGUGAUAUAGGAAAGAAAUCUAAGGAGAGAGUGAAUCAAACUAAAAAAUCAAAGUCUGCAAAACUGGUGACAUUUUCUAGCCCUGUCCUGCAAGAAGAGAGGGAGAAUGCCAUCAAACACACUCCACCUUCUAUUCACAAGGGUUCAUCUUGGCCUGCUAUGCCCAGUAAAGUAUCUUCCAGGGAAGCUCAAGAGAAGAACAGAGAUGACCAGAGACAAAAGGAGAAUAGAGAGAAAGCAAAGCUCUUUUGUCAGAUGCUGAGAAAUAAAAUCAAGCAAAGACAGGAUAGCUCAUAAUUUUAUUGUUUUAAACCACAUCACCUUCUUAGUGCAGCAUGUAUGCAAGCCAUUCACUUAUUAUUAUAAUUAUCAAAUUUAUAUAAAAGAAAAUGUAGCAACGUUUAACAUGCCAACAAAAA